CGCCGCACGCCGCUGUCGAGCCGUCCAGCGCCGCGCCGCCGCCGCCGCCGCCGCUGCCUUGAUGCAGUAGCGGGGCCCGGGAGUAGCCGGGGGCCUCCGCGGGGCAGGGGGUGCCGCAGCCGCGCUCCGCGCCUGUAGCCAGCCCCCCCACCCCCCCGCUUCCCCCCCACCCCACGUCCGUGUCCUCGUCUUCCCACCGCCACCCGGAGCCCCCCUCUGUCCUCGCCCACCUCCGCCGGGAACGAGCGCCGCGGCUGUGCGGAAAAGCCAUGGGAGGCAAGACCUCGGCACCUGUUCAGCUGAAAUCAAGGGCUUACAGUAUACUGGGCAGCCUGGCUUGGUGGUAGGAGCGAGCGAAAGGAAAGGAGAAGCAAGCAAGCAAAAGUGAGAGAGGAUUGGAGCGACUGCCGCUGCCGGGAAAAAAAAAAAAUAAUAAAUAAAACCCCAAGGAAGAUAACUGAGAAGGAAAAGGAUUUUCAUGGCGCAGGCUGCAGAGCUAAGCAAGAAGACUGAAGGUUGCAUCUCUGCUCUUACAGUCUCUAACUGUCUAGGUCCAGAUAAUGAGAGAUUGUGUUGAGGAUGCUGCUGCUGCUCCCCUGUUCACUGUGGAAGCCAUCUCCAAAUUAGCCAUUACAUAUGGAAACUGGAGACCAGAAUUUUAGAAAAAGGGAUUAAGGCGUCUCAUUUUGGGGGGGGUUCUCUCUUUAUUUGUUUGGUUUUCUUGGUUCUUUUAUCUCUUGUUAUUUUUUUUUCUUUUUUUCCUUUUUCCUUUUUUUCUAUUUCAACCAGAACGUUUCCAAUUUAAAAGGCAAGCCUCUUCCCGUGUGGUCUUUCUAAUUUACACUCUUUUCCGUGGGCUUUCUUACCUCCCUUUUUUGAUAUCUAUCUCUCUAUAUAUACCCAUUAUAUUAUUAGUCGGAAUUAUUAUUCAUUUAUUUUAUUAAACACACACACCCCAAGAAUCAGAAGGCGGUUGGGUAUUUGUAUAAUGAAGAAUUAUGGGGCUCUUUGACAGAGGUGUUCAGAUGCUUUUAACCACCGUUGGUGCUUUCGCUGCCUUCAGCCUGAUGACCAUAGCUGUGGGGACCGACUACUGGCUUUACUCCAGAGGGGUUUGCAAGACUAAAACUGUCAGUGAGAACGAAACCAGCAAAAAGAACGAGGAAGUCAUGACCCAUUCUGGAUUAUGGAGAACCUGCUGCCUGGAAGGGAAUUUUAAAGGUCUGUGUAAGCAAAUCGAUCACUUCCCUGAGGAUGCAGAUUAUGAAGCCGAUACAGCAGAAUAUUUCCUCCGGGCUGUUAGAGCCUCUAGUAUUUUCCCGAUCCUGAGUGUGAUUCUGCUUUUCAUGGGUGGACUCUGCAUUGCAGCCAGCGAGUUCUACAAAACCCGACACAACAUCAUCCUUAGUGCCGGCAUCUUCUUCGUGUCUGCAGGUCUGAGUAAUAUAAUUGGCAUCAUCGUAUACAUAUCAGCCAAUGCUGGAGACCCCUCCAAGAGUGACUCUAAGAAGAACAGCUACUCCUACGGCUGGUCCUUCUACUUUGGGGCCCUGUCCUUCAUUAUAGCUGAGAUGGUGGGAGUGCUGGCCGUCCACAUGUUCAUAGACCGGCACAAACAGCUGCGCGCCAACGCUCGCGCCACGGACUACCUCCAGUCCUCCGCCAUCACCCGCAUCCCCAGCUACCGAUACCGCUAUCAGAGACGCAGCCGCUCCAGCUCCCGCUCCACUGAGCCUUCACACUCCAGGGAUGCCUCUCCCGUCGGGAUCAAAGGGUUCAACACCCUCCCAUCAACAGAGAUCUCGAUGUACACCCUGACCAGGGACCCGCUGAAGGCAACCACCACCCCUACCGCCACCUACAACUCCGACAGGGACAACAGUUUCCUCCAGGUUCACAACUGUAUCCAGAAAGAGAACAAGGACUCUAUCCACACCAACACAGCCAACCGCCGGACCACCCCGGUAUGAAGCUGUCGCCAGGAGCUGAAAAUGGGGCAGGAACGGGCAGGAGACAGGGUGGGAUGCGGGGUGGGAAGGGUGGAAGCGGGGCAAGGGUAGCAGGGAGGUGGGAAGGAGGAGGAGGAGGAAAAGGAGAAGGAGGAGAAAGCGCCCCUUGGGGGGUUGGGGACCUACCCAACGCAAAAACAAAAAAAAAAAAAAAAAGAAAAAAAGAAAAGAAAAAAUCCACCAAAAAAAAACACAACAAAACAAACAAAAAGGACAAAAAAAUAAACAACCAACGAGAAAGCAGAUAAACAAACAAGCGAGUGAACAAAAAAACCAAACAAAUGACAAGGAAAUGAAAGGAAAGAGACAACAGCGAGAAAAAAAAUUCAUAAAAAAAAAAAGAAAAAAGAAAAAAAAGAAAAAAUUUAAAACUGAGAGAAAGAGAUUUAAAAAAUAGAAAUAAAUUUAAAAGAAAAUGCAUGAUUUCCCAUGUACCAUUAUUUUAACAUUUAAUAAAAACAGACUUAAAAAAAUAUAAAAGGGAACCAAGAAAUAACAAAGGACAACAAAUCCAGUGGGAUGAGGAGGAGGAGGAGGCAGCUCUUUGGAUUUUGGGGGGUUUUAUUCUUUAAUUUUAGUUUCUUUCCCACUUACCUUUAAUCCAGCACAGGCUCCUUGGGGGACUGGGUCUGGGGGUCCUGACAGCAGCGACUUUGGUGUCCUUGGGCAGCUUACAGAGGAUCCCAAGGUGCCAGGGGCUCAGCCAAGACCCACUCUGUUUCCCCAGGACCCAUGGGGAUCCACUCCAUUCCCCCAAGACAGAUGGGGAUCCGCUUAUGCCCCACAGGUCCAUAGGGGUUAAGAGCAACUCCUGUCCCUAGAGAAUGCAGGAGCCCAUGCUGAGUCACCCCUCCACAGUGUCCCCAGGGGGGAUCGCUGAUUCCCUGGCCCUAGGAGCCCUGGGGUUAACGGUGACAAUGCAAAAAGCAAACAGACACAGUAUAUAAAGAGACAGGCGUACACAGAGACAAAAAAAAAAAAACAAAAAAGGACAAAAAAAAAAAGAGGUUUCUUAAAAAAAAAACAAAAAAAAAGUGGCAAUUUUUUUAAUAAAACAACAGCUAUAAAUAAAUGUAAAUAUAAUAAGUGGAUUUACUUGCAAGAAAAACAGAUAGUAUUAUUUUUUCUUUUCAUUUUUGUUUUCUCCAGCUUUAAACUGUGAACAAAAAACAAAGAGAAAAAGCAAUGGGGAGUGUGGUGGGAGGUGCAGGCAAAGGGUGGGGGCUGUGGAGGGGAACCAUGGCUCCCAUCCCUUCGGGAUGCUGCUGCUGUGGUCCGGGGGGGGAUAUGGGAGGCCAAAGCCGAGGGCAGCGUGCCAACGGGGGGGACAGCACUCGUGCACGCAGGUGCCCCUGUGCUUACAUACGUGUGCCCAGGCACGGGCACGCUCUCCUGUGAAUGCUCCAGAGGCUUCCCAGGCAGCCCCCAAAUCUGCCCAGAUCCCACUUAGGUCCUGCCAAUGGGGCUGCAGCCAUGUGGGGGCGUGGCAAUGUCUACCCAGCCCCUGAAGUAGCUCCUGUCUCCCCCCCCCCCCCGGGUACAACCAGCCCACCCUGACCCAAAGCUGGCCACCGGCUUUUAGCCUUGACACACGUAGUCCCCGGCCAACACCCCAGGGAGGCCCCUGCUCCAGGCCUGAGCAUCCCGAGUCCCAGUGGCCAUGCCAGGGAGAAGUGAGAAGCCAUUGGGCAUCUCCACACCCGCUGGGUUUUGUCCUCGUUCCCUCCUCGCAGGGGCAUCCCAUCCCGAUGUGGCUUCAUCCACAGUGAACAGGUGAGCUGGGCCCCCACCCCAGGACCCCUGCACCCCUUCCCAGGGGUGCCAGGGUCAGCUUUUAAUCCAGGUCCCCCACGGAGGCAGAGGUAGGGGAGCACAUGGGGCUACAGUGACACCCUGCAAGCCGCUGGCCAGCCCAGGGAGAGGGCAGGGCCCCUUGUGGGGAGGCUUGCGGGAGGGGGCUGCCGAGCCCUUGGGCAGCUCAGACCCACUUUUCGACAUCUCCGUCCUCGCUUCUGACGCUCCAGUUUUGCGGAGCUGUGCAGUCCCCCGCUUUGGGUCCCAGUGGGGCUUCUGCUUCAAAGAAACCUCCACCUCCCCGCUGCUUUCACCCCCCUUCCUUGCCCCAGAGCAGGGCAGUGGGCAGCAAUCGGGAGGGGGUCACCCCUAGAAACAGCA